AUGGAUCAGCCAGAAGAUGUUCAUAAACCCUCUGGCUUGGCCCCUGCGCCAUCAGAAACGAAUGGACUUCGUCGCGUCCCUGAUAAAUUCCCUACAGUCGCACUAUGGAUUCUCGUCGUCGAGCUUGGCGAACGAUUCACAUAUUUUGGGCUAAGUGGCCCAAUACAAAACUAUAUCAACAAUCCCUAUGACCCAGGCUCAGACCUCCCCGGAGGCCUGGGCAAAGGCCAAGCUAUAGCCUCGGCCCUAGGAAACUUCUUCAAAUUCUGGGCCUACGCAUCAACGGUCAUAGGCGCAAUAAUAGCCGACCAAUACCUCGGGAAAUUUAAAGCUAUAACUCUCUCCCUCGGGAUCUACAUCGUCGGCCUGAUAAUUCUAGUCACGACAUCAACACCGGCAGCAAUAAACUCCGGCGCGGGCUACUGCGGCCUAAUCACCGCAAUGAUAAUUAUCGGUCUAGGAACAGGUGGUAUCAAAGCGAAUGUGACUCCGAUGUGCGCGGAACAGUAUCAGAGCACCGAACCUAUGAUCAAGACACUUGAUUCAGGAGAACGAGUGGUCGUCGAUCCAGAACUAACCAUUGAAAGGCUAUUCAUGUGGUUUUACUGGGUGGUUAAUGUCGGUGCACUUUCGCCUCUGAUUACGGUUAAUGUUGAAGCGGAUGUUUCAUUUUGGUUGGCUUAUUUGAUUCCGCUCAUAGCUAUCAUCCUCGCUGGGAUUGUAUUUCUGGCGGGACAGAAAUACUACGUGAAGAUUCCACCACGGGGUUCUCCUAUAAUUGAUGCCUGGGGGGUUUUGGAUAUCGUUCGGAAAGAGAAACAUUUCAGAAACGCUACACCGUCCGCUUUGAGUGAAUCGGGUAGGUUGGAUAGAUAUCCUUUUGCGAUGGAGGCUCGGUAUACGGAUGAGUAUGUUUCUGAUGUCAGGAGGGGAUUUAUGAGUUGCAAGAUGUUCAUUUUCUUCCCGUUCUAUUUCAUUUGCUGGAUUCAGAUUUGGAAUAACCUCAUCUCACAAGCUGGGCAGAUGGCUUUGCAUGGGACUCCGAAUGAUCUUUUACAGAAUUUGGAUCCGAUUGCAUUGUGUAUUUUCAUUCCGUUAUUGGAUUUGGGAUUUUAUCCUCUUCUUCGUAAGUGGAAGAUCGAUUUCAGCCCCGUGCGCCGAAUCUUCACUGGGUUCUUGCUUGCGUCCUUUUCAAUGGUCUACGCGAGCGUUUUGCAGCAUUACAUCUACAUGUCUCCGUCAAAUAGUAUCCACGUUUGGAUCCAAGCUCCGGCUUAUGUGCUUGUUGCUUUUUCAGAGGCUUUUGUUAUUGUGACAGGGCUUGAGGUGGCGUUUACGCAUGCUCCAAAGAAUCUGAGAUCCGUGAUCUCGGCUCUUUUCUGGCUGACUAUUGGAAUCGCCGCUGCUAUCUGCAUUGGGUUGAGCCCAGUAUCUCAGGACCCAUAUCUGGUCUGGAUGUAUGGAUCUCUUGCUAUUAUUGGCUUUGUAGCUGGGUGUUUGUUUUUUCUCUGUUUUUGGAAGAGUGAAUGUUCCAGUUUGAAAGACGAAGAUAUUGUCGAGGAUGCUCGGAUUAGCAUGAACGAGGGAACGGUUGGUUCAAAGGCUGCUUAG